AUGCAGUUUGGCAAAGGGAAGUCCUGUUGUUACCGGUUUCUGACCAAGGGGCAGCAGUGGAUCUGGCUGCAGACCCACUACUACAUCACCUACCAUCAGUGGAACUCCAAGCCCGAGUUCAUCGUGUGCACGCACUCGGUGGUCAGCUACGCGGACGUCCGGGAGGAAAGGAGGCAGGAGCUGGCUUUGGAAGACCCACCGUCCGAGGCCAUCCGCCCCUCAGCACUGAAGGACAAGGGCUCAAGCCUGGACGCCCAGCAGCACUUUAACACACUUGACGUGGGCACCUCGGGCCUCAACACCAGCCAUUCACCAUCGGCGUCCUCAAGAAGUUCCCACAAGUCCUCGCACACAGCCGUGUCAGAACCCCCCUCCACUCCCAGCAAGCGGAUGUCAGAGGCCAGCACCACGGCUUUGCCACGAUCGGCCACCCUCCCCCAAGAGUUACCAGUGCCCGGGCUCAGCCAGGCAACCACGAUGCCGGCUCCUCUGCCCUCCCCGUCGUCUUGUGACCUCGCACAGCAGCUCCUGCCUCAGACCCUUUUGCAGAGCCCACCUGCUCCCAUGGCACAGUUUUCAGCACAGUUCAGCAUGUUCCAGACCAUCAAAGACCAGCUGGAGCAGCGGACGCGGAUCCUGCAGGCCAACAUCCGGUGGCAGCAGGAAGAACUCCACAAGAUCCAGGAGCAGCUCUGCCUGGUCCAGGACUCCAAUGUCCAGAUGUUUCUGCAGCAGCCAGCUGUAUCUCUGAGCUUCAGCAGCACCCAGCGGCCCGAGGCACCUCAGCAGCUACAGCAAAGGUCAGCCACGACGUCCCAGCCCCAGCUUGUGGCGAGCGCUCAACUUCCAGGGCAGGUCACAAACCAGCACCUGCUCAGAGAAUCAAGCGUGAUAUCAACCCAGGGUCCGAAGCCGAUGAGAAGCUCGCAGCUGCUGCAGGGGGGCAGCCGCUCAGUGAGCAGCUUGACGUCCCAGUUCAGCAGCGCCACGGCUGUGCUUCCGCCAGGUCUGACACCUGCUCCCGCCUCCCAGGAUGCCAGCCAGUGCCAGCCCAGCCCGGACUUCAGCCAUGAUCGGCAGCUCCGGUUACUGCUGAGUCAGCCCAUCCAGCCCAUGAUGCCGGGGUCCUGUGACGGGAGGCAGCCCUCGGAGGUCGGCAGGACUGGACGGCCGGUCAAGUAUGCACAGAGCCAGGUGGUGUUUCAAAAUCCAGAUGUGUACCCCUCCAGCAGCAGCGCCUCGACCCCCGUCCUGCUGAUGGGCCAGGCAGUGCUCCACCCCAGCUUCCCUGCCUCCCACCCAUCGCCCCUGCAGCCCACCCAGGCCCCGCAGCAGCCGCCACAGCGCUACCUGCAGGUGCAGGUGCCAACCUCUUUGCACAGCGAGCAGCAGGACGCACUACUCUCCACCUAUUCACAACCGCCAGGGACCCUAAGUUAUCCCCCGCUGCCCCCAGUGCAGCCCCAGCCCCCACGGCCACCCCGAAGGGUCAGCAGUCUGUCUGAGUCAUCAGGCCUCCAGCAGCCACCCCGGUAGUGCCCUGGUGCAGAAGAUGGGACACAAUCAGCUUUAACCAUUGGACAAGGGUGGGUGGCCACGGGAGAUGGGGGGAGGAGUUUGAGCAAAAGCCUUGGCUUUGUGCACACUGCAUACAUUUCAGAACGCCUGGAUGGUAACCAUCUCCAGAGUGCAGGGGCUGGUACAGUGAGAAAUGAUCAGGAAUCCUGGCUGGGUUUCCCUUGUCUCCGAGGUUCUCGGGCACACUCUACAGCCAUACUGCACAGGAACCGAGUGUCCCGUGUAGGUGUCCUUACUCAGUUUACCUGUGGAGAUGGUGCAUCUUGCUGCAUCCCCUGAGACUGCACUGGUUACUCUAGCUGACCAUGGCCCGGCCACAUGCGCUAGCUGGCCUUCACUCUCUUGAUCCUCUUUCCUUUGCUUUCCAGAAGGACUGGGUCAGAGAUCUGUUGGAGAGAGAGAAUAAAGAGAUUAUUUUUCAUUAUUUUUAAAUGGUUGUUUUUGUUUUAAUUUGCACAGCUGCACAGAGGAAAUAACUUAGGCACUUUCUGUUCUUAAAAAUAAUAAGGUCUCAUGACUUGGUUUGGAGACCACACUAACAAAAACAGCCCACCAAUCAGAUAGCGAGGCUGGUGGUUAUUAACCAAGCUGCAAGUCUGCACCCUCUGGCCUAAACCUUAGUGGAAUGAGGCUCUUCACCCCAUGCUGUGCUGGUGGUGAUUUUUUUUCCCCCUAAAUAUAACACUGGACUAUUUCCUGUUUACUUUGUUGAUUGCAACUACAAAGGUGGACUUAAAGCAAAGCACAAUCAUGUGGCUGAUAUUCCAGAAUUCUAUUGAGAACUCUAAGACUAUGAGGGGAAAGGUUUCACAGCCAGGCAGGCCAGGGGGGCUCCAGUCCCCAAGGAAAUACCCCCACGCGCUGGCCCUUUGAGUGAGAAUGCUGCAUCUUUCUACAUAUCUUUCAUGAUAAUACUGAGGGUUGGAUUUUCCUUUUCAAAAUGCACUUUGCUUUUUUUGUAUGUUUUGUUAUGUUGAAAUGUUUCUAAAGAAAAGAUUUUAUGUAAUUAUAAGACAAAGUGUAGUGAAUUGUACAGCUGUUGUAAUAAUGACCUAUUUCUAUAUAAAAUAAAAUUGUAUGGAUUAUGUGUAAAUUAUUUUGUAUCUGAGACACCAGUUCCUUUCCCAAAUAUAAAAGUAUAAAAGUUUUCU